UUGUGUCACGUGGUCCUCUGAUGUAAACAACAUGGCGUCGCCCUGUGCUACGCGUUGUACCGCUCGAGCAGGUGCGGUGUUGACACAGAGGUACUGCCAGGGUCUGGUCCGGCGCCCCUCGUCGGAGCCGCGACGCUCCUUCUUCUGGAGGAAGUUCCAGAGUUCCCACAGCGUGGUGAGGCCAGCGGCGGUGCAGCCCCCCCGUUCCGUUCCCCCGCACAUAAUGAGGCCAGACUAUGUGACGACAGGCAUUGUACCAGACUGGGCAGACUACAUAGAGAUUAAAGAUGGAGAUGAGAUCGAGGGGUUGCGGAGGGCCUGUCAGCUGGCGCGACGCAUCCUGCUUUUGGCAGGGAAGAGCUUAAAGGUUGGCAUGAUGACUGAUGAAAUAGACUUUAUUGUUCAUCAAGAGGCAAUCAGACACAAUGCCUAUCCCUCUCCUCUGCAGUAUGGAGGUUUCCCAAAAUCCGUUUGCACCUCAGUGAACAAUGUGGUAUGUCACGGUAUACCUGACAGCCGACCUCUUCAAGAUGGAGAUAUUAUCAACGUCGACGUUACUGUCUACCUGGAGGGUUACCAUGGUGAUACCUCAGAGACGUUUCUGGUGGGUGCCGUGGACGACAGCGGGAAGCGACUAGUGGAGGCGGCGCGACGUUGUCGGGAUGAAGCCAUUGCUGCCUGCAAGCCCGGUGCCCCCCUCUGCGUCAUUGGCAACACCAUCAGCCAAACUGCAGCCUCCUAUGGGUUCCAGGUCUGUCCCUAUUUCAUUGGUCAUGGCAUUGGAUCCUACUUUCAUGGUCACCCAGAGAUAUGGCAUCAUGCCAAUGACAACAACAUGCCGAUGGAGGAAGGGAUGGCUUUCACAAUAGAGCCCAUCCUGAUGGAAGGACAGCCCGAGUUUAAAAUCUUAAAGGAUAAAUGGACUGCAGUUUCCAUUGAUGACAAAAGGUCGGCCCAGUUUGAGCACACGGUUGUGAUUACGGAGGAGGGUGUGGAGAUCCUGACCAAGCUGCCGGACGAAGAUUGACCACUGGGACAAAACAUAGAACUUCUGUCCGCUAUGUCAGUGGAAAAGCAAUGGAAAAGAAUAGUAAUAAUGUUUUUUUCAAUAAAAUCAGUGUUCAGUUUUAAUGGCAAAAUGCAAUAUUUCCAUUAAUUAUUUGUUAGACUUAUUAUUGAAUUAUUCUGAUUAUUGUUGAAUUUUGAGUCUUGAUUGGUUCAUUCUUGAAUUUGUACAUUGAAACUACAGCCAAAAUGUGCCAAAUUAUUCUCCACCAUGUGAAAAAUGUGUUCAAGUCUCAUAAUGGAACAACUAUAGACACUGCCGCAUAAUAUGUAACCUUGCACUAUGAAUGAGACUGUUUAUAUCCAAAGACAUUGCUUACAUUUUUCAAGUUUAAGCAUUUACUUGAAGACUGGUCUUAGUUAAAUGUUACCAUUGUAUUUAUUUAUUGCCGUUAUGUAUGGCUUUUGUUAUAAAUAAACUACUUAACAUUAAUACAAGUGAUGACUGUAAUAAACACAAGGACUUCUUUCCUGCACCUCUUUGCCCACCUUCUGAGCACCAGUUAUAGUUACAAUAAUGAGAUUGUACAGAAUGACAGGACAGUCGGCCUGUUCCUGUGAUCAUGUUUCUGUCGAAGGUUAUGAUAAUAAUAAUUGCUUUUAUUACAGUUAUUUUUGCGAGUGACGAGAUAGAUCUCUUGGACCAGUACUUCCCGUGGGUAUAUAAUUCCACAUUCAAUCUGCUUGAAGCCAUGAAGCCAUUAAAAAAGAGACUGGUGAAGAGUAAUGUUUGAUUGUGAGAUUAUUCUGAACUGUGGGAAUGCAGAGAUAUUCUCUCUCCUGUACAGAAUAGCAGCAGAAUGGAUGCGGCACAACUGUAGAGAAUGGCAUCAUCUCCCAAACACGUCCAGAAGUUGUUGUUCUGCCUAUUUGAGUUCUAUUAUGUAAUUAGGACUGAUGAUCACAGUGAUGAGGGGAUUUAAGUGCCUUUAAUUAGUCCCUCACGUGGAGGCUGUGAGAGCAUGAGUUUGUUCUGGACACAGACAGAAGAUUUGGACCCGUGAUGGAGCCCUGGACACAAGGAGAGCUGGUUUGUCUCUGACUCCAUUUACUCAUCUCUUAUCAUGUAUAACAACACCGGAUUCAGAGAAAAACACCAUCGUGGAAGGGGGUGAAGUGCGGUUCAAUGGGAAGGGGAAG